AGAAAUGGUCUACUUUCUAGAAACUACAGAGGCUCUACCCGCCUCUCAUCGCCGUAUCAAUUUAUGGAUGGAUAAAAGAUUAGAUUGGCUUUGCUUCUGGAGACAAAAGCUUAAGCGAAACCAACAACAAUGGCAACCUGUACAACACCCUCUUCCUUAAUGCUAACGUACGCCUCCACCACGGUACAUCCACAAGAGCUCACUCCUUCUCUUCUCUCCUUCAAGCCCAGAACUUUUUCUCUCUAUCCAUGGGUUCUGGGUUCUGGUGGGGAGAGAAAAUCAAGCAAGUUCGUCAAUUUGUUUACACAAAAAGAGGCAAAGUUUGGAACUUGCAGUGUGGUUGUGGCUGCUGCUUUGGCUGCAGAGGCAGAGGUGGCUGAGGAGGUGGAGGGGAGAGAGGGAGGUGAUGUGGCCACCGCUACAGUUGCUCCACCUAAGCCUAAGAAAGGGAAGGCUGCAUUGCCCUUGAAGAGAGACAGGAUUCUUAUACACUUUCAAGAACUCAGCUUCAUACCCUUUUCGUGGAAAUGCCAGACAAGAUCUAAGAGAUUCUUGGAAAUUCAAAAAUUGAGGGAAAACAAGCAAGAAUAUGACAUAAAUGCAGCAAUAUCAUUGCUGAAGCAAAUGGCAAACUCAAAGUUCGUUGAAACUGCUGAAGCUCAUUUCCGUCUUAACAUUGAUCCCAAAUAUAAUGACCAACAGCUGAGGGCAACUGUAAAUUUGCCCAAGGGAACUGGACAAACUGUUAAAGUGGCAGUGCUUACACAAGGUGAAAAGUUCGAUGAAGCAAAAAAUGCAGGAGCAGAUUUGGUUGGUGGGGAGGACCUGAUAGAACAGAUAAAAGGAGGAUUCAUGGACUUUGACAAAUUAAUUGCAUCCCCAGACAUGAUGCCUAAGGUUGCCAGCUUGGGUAAGAUUUUAGGACCUCGGGGACUCAUGCCAAAUCCAAAAGCUGGUACUGUUGCAACUAACAUACCUCAGGCAAUAGCAGAGUUCAAGAAGGGAAAAGUUGAAUAUAGGGCAGAUAAAACUGGAAUUGUUCACAUACCUUUUGGAAAGGUCGACUUCUCAGAAGAAGACCUCCUCGUAAACUUGCUUGCUGCAGUAAGAUCAGUAGAAUCAAACAAGCCAUCAGGUGCAAAAGGAGUGUAUUGGAAAAGUGCGCACAUAUGCUCAUCAAUGGGGCCGUCAAUUCGGUUAAAUAUAAGGGAGAUGCUUGAUUACAAGCUCCCAUUGAACAUUUGAAUACAAUUAAAACCUGUAAAUGAUGUAGUAAAGUGUCUCCAGAACCCAUCAAUGAUCGGUAAAAAUGGCAGGUAAAAGCAGGAUGAUUAGAGGCAACCUCUCUUCUUUGUUGUGGAUGGAAGUUGACAUGCAUAUCCUUGGUCAUCCUCUACAAAGACCAAGAAACGUGUAUGCGAAUGAAAUUAUCAAAUUUAGUCCCUCAUUACAAGAAAUUCCAUAUUUGAUUGGCAAUAUCUUGUACUUGUUUGUACUAAUCAACUGAUUAAAAUCAUGUUUUUUCA